AUGGACGCUUAUUUCGUAAAUUCCGCGAUUAAAAAAGAGGAAUUCGAAGAACUUGAGAAAUAUGUGUUAAAGCACGUAUCUGGAGAGGAUUUUGCUGGAGUAAGGAAGAACUUCAAGCCGACAACAAAUAUUCUGGAGCAUUCGAGAGACAAAGCGUACUGGGAAGGCCCUGUGAGAGAAACUGCUUGCCCAGUUCAAAUCAGAAGGAGCCUGGAGCCACUAGAGCGAAGGGUACCCGAUGUAGUCGGCAUUGGAUUCGCUAAGUGUGGCACUGGAACACUUCAAUUUCUCGAUUGCCACCCCAGAGUAACGAUGAGAUCGACGGAGCCGAAAAUCUACAAUUCGAUAAAUACUGAGAUUAUACUCAAAGAAAUGGGUUACGCAGCAACAGAGCUUGACUACUUGAAUUUUGAAGCUGUCAAGAAAGAAUAUCUCUCAAAAUUGCCUCUCGUCGCAAAAGAUGAGAUAUUGAUCGAAAAAUCGCCCAUUUAUACAGAGGAUGAUGGAAAUGGACAGAUCGAAGCGAACGCAAAAGCAAUGAAAAGAAUCAAUCCAAAUACAAAAAUCAUCGCGAUCGCCUGCGACCCGAUCAAAAGGGGUUACUCUAUGUUUCAAAUGGAAGGCAGAAGAACAAAAAUACGACUCGCCGAUCAUCAAAAUAUCAAAAGGUGCAAGGCUUGUCUCCACGGAACGGUGAAUGAAACAAUACAGGAAUACACCGAGACCAUUAGCAAAGAGCAGUAUGGACCAGGGACGGGGUUUGAAGAAUAUGUCUUAGGUUUACGACCUUUUGUCGACGAAUUCGGAGCGGAAAACGUCCUCCUCCUCGACGGGGAAAACUUGAUCGCGAACCCGAACGAAGAGUGGAGCCGGCUGCUUGAAUUCCUCGGCUUGGAAAAAGACUCACUGAAAUUCUACCACGACAAAGAAAAGGGAUUUCCAUGUCUCGAAUCUCCGCUAAAAUACUGUCUCAAUGGCGCUAAAGGGAUUUCACGAAAAGAAGAUGUCAGACAACUAUAUCCAAAAGAAACAGAAAUCUGGCGGAAGGCUUUUUCACCCAAGAUCAAAGAGUUGAUUUCGUAUAUGAAGAUUUGCGACAAAAUUGACAGAAAGUGCUGUAGAAAAUUGAAGAAAGAAGCGACAUCAUUUUCUUGGGCUUAUGAAUAUGCUUGUUGA